AUGUCCAUGGGGUUAUUUGGCCUUAUACCUGCAGUCCAUGCUCUGGUUGUGAACUGGAACGAUCCACAUCGGAAUAUAACACUAGCCUAUGAGUCGGUUAUGGCGCUGUCAUAUCUGACAGAGACUUCAUUUUACAUUAGCCAGAUUCCUGAGCGGUGGAAACCCGAGUGGUUCGACCUCGCCGGUCACAGCCAUCAAAUAUUCCAUGUGUUUGUGAUCAUGGGGGCAUUGGCACAUUAUGGUGCUGCACAAAUUUUCUUCAGGUACAGCAGUAUCUAUGUUUUGUUCAAUCAAAUUUAA